GCUGCCAAGCUCCAUUAGAGCUAUCAGCAGUCGGGGGGGGACGCACUUCACAGCGAAGGCGGGGGUUGAGUUGCCUUUUUUUUUUUUUUUUUUAAAUAUAUAUUUUUUCCCCCUCUUCGAAAGCUUGUGGCUGAGCACGGGGACCUCUCCGGGGCCUCCCUCCCAGCUCCCGCCGGGCUGAAGCCGGGGUCCCCCCGCCGCGGGCACCGGGGGCCGCCCAUGGCUGCGCCGCCACCGGGCGCCGCGCCCCGCUGAGCUCCGCGGGCACCGGCGGCCAUCGCCCCUCUUCGGCCGGCGGCUCGGCGAGAGGAAGCAGGGCGCCCACCAUGCUCCGGUGCUGGUGGCUCGCAGGGCUGCUUGUAGCCUGCGCUGCCGCGGAGCCGCCGCUGCGCUGGGAGCCGCGGUGCCGGCAGCAGCUCCGCCACCUGCAGGACGGCGCCAGGAUCGCGGCGCGGCUGCCGCCCCGCCUGGAGGGCCGCUGGGUGUCCACCGGGUGCGAGGUGCGGCCGGGACCCGAGUUCCUCACCCGAUCCUACCUCUUCUACGUCAACCGCCUCUUCAAGGCUUACCAGUUCUACUACUGGGACCCCUCCUGCCGGGAGCCCUCGUACUCCCUGGUCAUCAAGGGCAAGCUGCGCCUGCGCCAGGCCUCCUGGAUCACCCGCGGGGCCACCGAGGCCGACUACCACCUCCACAAAGUCGGCAUCGUUUUCCACAGCCAGAAAGCCAUGCGGGAGGUGGCCUCCUGGAUCAACCAGACCUCGGGCGAGGGCUGCAGCGGGUUCCUGCCGCCGGGGCGCACCUGGGCUCCCGGAGCCCUCUACGAACUGCUGAGUGCCAAGUCCGAGCGCGACUGCACCGCAGCCCUGGGCUUUGCCAUGCACGAGCUCAGCCUCGUGCGGGUGGAGAAGCAUUAUCAGCCCUUGCUGGAGCCGCAGCAGAGCGGCAGCCAGCUGGUGGAAGAGCUGUACCUUGGGGACAUUCACACGGACUGGGUAGAGAGGCGCCACUACCGACCGACCGGUUACCAGCGACCGAUGCAGAGCGCCGUGCACCAUGUGCAUCCUUGCCCGGCCUGUGGGAUUAUAUACAGAGCUGACGAACACCACCCCCCCAUCCUCCCUGCCAGAGCCGAGCCGCCGAUGCAGCUGAGCGGCAGCUGGGUGAGCACCCACUGCGAGGUGCGGCCCGCGGUGCUUUUCCUCACCAGGUACUUCAUCUUCCACGGUAACAACCACACCUGGGAAGGGUACUACUACCACUACUCCGACCCGCUCUGCAAGCAGCCGACUUUCACCAUCUAUGCGUCUGGGCGUUACACCCAAGGCGUCCCCUCCUCCAAAGUGAGAGGCGGCACGGAGCUGGCUUUUAAAGUCACGCAGGCUCGGGUGACGCCGAUGGACCAGCUAACGGUGAUGAUGCUGAACUCCUCCGAGCCAGGCAGCUGCGGGCUGACAAACUCCUGGAGUGCCGGGGUGGAGCAGGAUAUAACACCGACGAAUGGCUGCUUGGCCUUGGGCAUCAAGCUGCCCCACACGGAGUACGAGCUCUUCAAAACGGAGCACGACACGAGAGACCGCAGCCUGCUGUACGUUGGCGAGAGGCCCACGGACGGGUCCAGUCCCGACCGUCCCGACAAGCGACCCACCUCGUACCAGGCGCCUCUGAUCCAGUGUGCUGGGGCGCCAGAGGAGUUCUCUAACUAUGUUAGUCUAAAGUACUUGGGAGAAGAGGAUGCUAAUGGCAGUGAAGCACUAAAACCUUUGCCUGUGGCCUUUUUAUUGUUUAUAGCACUGCAGUUUUUAAGAUGGGACUAGCAAUCUAUUCAGGUACAAGCACAGAAUCCAGAUAGUCUUGGUGCUAGCGUGAUUGUUAUAUCCUCCAAAUGAGUACAUCUGGAAUCAGUUUUACUUAGAUUUGGAAACGCUUUUUUUAAAAAAAAACAAAAACAAAACACAGUGAAUGAAGCCAAGAAGAUAUGCCUAUGUACUGUUUGUCCUCUGGCUUUAUUGCCUAAUCUCCCCUCUUGUGCGCAUAAAAAUUUAAUGUGGUGACAUGGAUGCACUGCACAUUCAGUAGAUAAUUUAGCAAUAUGAGGGGAAAAAAGAGCAACAUCAAUUACAAUUGCUGCUUGGAGCUUUUGACACUGCAAAGAUUUAAUCAAGGGCUUGAUUCAGAUGUAAUUCAAACAUCCAAAGUGUCAGCUGCUGAGUUUCUCUGAGGUUAAGUUCCCUCUCAUCAUACUCCUUAUUGCUGUUUGUGCAAAUUUGAUCUGCCGUGUCAGUCAGCAACAGCUCCGCAGUCAGCAAGUGCUCUUGGUAAGGGCACAGUUAAUCAGGCCUCUCUCGGUUUAUGGAUACUUUCUGCAGUUUUUGUGUAUGUACACACACGGAGAUGCAACGUACAGUCUUUCACUUACGUGCGUACAAAAAGCAGCCCUCAGAGCAUUACCCUGACAGACUGUUAUGCCUGACCCUGGUCAUAAGAGACGAUGCAGUAAAUGGAGAAGGUGUGUGUGCACAACUGCUCUGACUUUCAGCCUUACAGCGCUACAGACGCUGCAUCCUUGCUGCGUUAGUCCGGCUGUCCCAGUGCAGUGCAGGCCUGCGCCUCGGUACGUCAGCAAAGGCAGCGCGGCGCUGCACGCGUGUCCAGCAGGCACAGGCACUGCCAGUCGUGACUCCGACUCACCAGGCACCGAGCGAAGCAAAAGAUCACUCAUGAGGCUUCUCAGGCCAUUUAUUUUCCAUCUCCUCUCUAAGCGUACUGGCAUAUGGGUUGUUAAUCCAGCUGUCUUUUCAAUCAAAAGUCACUUCCAGGUGUUCACGUAAAGAUGGCUUAUAAAUCUGCCUCUAGCAAACAGGGGGCUGAAGAGAGAACUGACCAGCUCCAGGACAACUGGAGCUCCACCAGCAAGAAGGACAAAGUAAGAAAUUACAUUCCCUUGUCUGCUGCAGCUAAGAAGCACAUAACUUACUUGGGGAAGACCUCCUCCCAGCAGCUAAAUCCCCUCCACAUAAACCUAUAUAUCUUACAAAGGAUAUUUUUGUUAAAUCAUCUAUGCAAUAGCUACCUUCUUAAUGCUGUAUUUACAAACUUGCAGCUUGUACUUAGAUAAUUUAUGGGUUUUAUAACACUUUUUUGGGGGAAAUUGUACAUUAAUAAUUCAAAUGAGAUGCUUAUUAAAUGCGUACAAUUGUGACAGAAAUGUUGUCAGCAUGUUUGCAUGUUUCAGGCACGAUCAACUAUUAAUCAUGCAUGUAAACAGAUGUACUUGAUACACAAAAAGGCCAAGCUUGGCUAACUCAUCUUCAGUUCCAUCUGCAGACAACGGAGAGGGAGACUUCUCCGGGGGUUAGGCGAGCAGGCAGAACAGCUCCCUGUUUCUAAAGGUUGCUGUUCUUUGUUGCCUGCUACUGCACGGAAACCCAUGGGCAAACGUUUGAAGGACUAGAAGCAUGUUUUGGAGAGCAGGGCUUUGUCAUCUUUGGAUGCCCUGUUAGAAUUCUACAAGUCGGGGCAAGCCGGGGUAGCAGAGCUGCAUCUCAUGAGAGCCAUGCACACAUUUUUUCCCUCAGCAGAUGUGUUUGCCGUCACUGUGCUAAGGCGGUCACUCGUGGCAGCCCCAAGGAAAGGCUCUUGUUCCCCAGAUCAGCAAAGAGGCGUUUCUGCAGGACCCAGAGGUGUCCAUGGCAAGAACAGGGAGCAGCCUUGUGCUUGGGAGGGUGGGGAGAAGAGGGGAAAGGCAAUUCCUGCCCUACAUUCUUACACACAAAAAUGAGAUCUGUGCGCUAAUACUUUUUUUUUUUUCCCCCAUUUACAUACUAGGGAAAUUGUUUAAACUUAGCAAGUGUUCAGCAUUGCAACCGCAUGGCGCAAAAACACCUAAGAGACCACGCAUCCUUUCAAAGUGGUGAUGGCAUUAAUGUGAUGUAAAAAGUUACAAAACAACCCAAGACUGGAGCAAGCCCCAGCUCCUCCUGCAGCAGCAGUCACCGCAGCUCAGCUCCUGGAGCUGGGAACCUGUUUACACCCAGCUCCACAACCCCGCACAGCAGAUGGGAUGUGCUGACUACGCUUCCCUAUGAAAGCCUCAUCAGGAGCCUCUUUGUCCUGUUUCCACCCCUUUAAGCAUACUUCUGAAAAGAAAGGAAAUUCAUGAAAAUAAUAUUUGCAUAAAUAUUGCAACUUUUAUUGUUCUGUUCACAAUUUUUAGAGAAACAUUCCUAAAUUAUACAGUUAUUCUCUCAAGAAUUUGUGCCUUUUUCCAAUUUGAAUUUGCCUGGCUCUGAUUGCCAGUCAGUGAUUCUUGUUUUGCUCUUUUUUAAGAUCAAAGAGAGCUGCAGUGUUCAUUAUUUUCUCCUGUGAAGGUACUUGUGCACUGUAAUCAAGACAUUCUCAAUUCUGGUAGAUAAACUCAGCCAACUGAGUUCUCUCUAAGGCAUUUUCACACUCCACUAGUAAUUUUUCAAUCUCUUUUUGCAUCCAGUCCAAUUAUUCAGCUUCUCUCUUAAAAUGUAAAUAUCCAAAUUGCAUCCAAAAUUCCCAGCUCCCACAGCUGAGACACACAGAAGUAUAAUCACCCACUGCUAACGAUAAUUCAAAACAAGAACACGUCCUUAUUCAGUAGUCUUUCACCCUGGGACUGCACUGGGAGCACAUGUGGAGCUCUUACUCACUCUGGUCCUGGGUAUGGGUAUUUCUGUCACGUUACCAUUUUCUCAGUAGAGAUUUUGUGUAUUUUCACCGGUGAUAUGGAAGCACUGAAUUGUAUCAGAUCCCAGCAGGAGCCUUCUGUGAGCAUCCCCAUUUCAUUACGGUUCUCUUUAAAAGACCACUUCUGAAAUGUGUGAUUAUCACAACAUAUCAGGCUUUUUAGGGGUCCAGAUAUAACAAUUGACUUUAAUCCCAAAUAAAACUGAAAAACAAAGAUAGAAUGAAAUUACUUACUUAGAUUAUGCUCCUUCGCUAACAUUCACCUCCUUUCCCAUCCCUUCUUUGGGGUGUCAGGCUAAGCAGGCGCUGUACCCAGCUCAUCCUGUCCUGUUUGUCACUCCUCUCAUUGGCAGGUAAGAGAUGGCCUCACACAUCUCCUGUGGAAGUACUGAUGCAGGUUUGCUAGACCUACUGAAUGUAAUUUAUUUAUUUUUUUAAUUAAGCAUUGCUAAUGAAUGAAUUCAGUUCUCUUACCUCAUCACUAGCAGUUUCACCACCUGCAUCUAGUAACAGUCUGCAUCCUACUGCAAAGAUUCCCCCUGUACUUCAGCUCUUUGUCACCCCCUCCAAGCAAUCUGGCCCAUUCUCUUCCUUUGGCUAUUGCUUUCCUUAUUCAUUUUCUACACUUCUUAACUCAUUUUGUGUUGAUUACUGUUUCCCUUUUUCUUGUUUUUUACUAUUUUACAUCUAUGUUUCCCUUUUCACUGAAUCAGGAUGGGCUUUCAGCCAGUCAUUCUCAAUUGCAUCAUUGUUGGUUUUUUGGCCAUUUACUACCUUUCUCUUAGAAAAUGGCCAAUCCUAUUUCAGCUUUCCAUCUAAUUUCUUCACCACCAGAUCUGAUGUGAAAUUUGCUAAGCUAUGCCACUCUUUGAAGCAGCACUUGCAUCCACUAGCAGUUUGCAUGGCCACAUGCCCAGCAGAAUACAGUCAGGAUUCCACAGAAACCACCAGCUUCUGUGAUUCCUUUAACCAACAUAACCAAGACAAAGCUGAAUACCGUCACGUCUAAAGCUUUAUUAGAAUCUAGGACAUAAACAACAAACAUUAGUCCUGACUACUAGAUUCUAUUCAACUGUAAAAUCUGUAUCUGCCUUCUUACGGUACCUGUAAAGAAAAACCAAGCUAACACAGAAGCACUAGCAGGGGUACCAGCUGAAAGUCAACAGUAACAGGCACAUGUCUUGAAAAAGUCUCCCCCUCAACUUCUAACAUACUUUUCAAGUUUUAUCACUUUUAACUAUCCCCAAAAAAUAGAAAAGAAAGAAAUUUCAAACAUUCUGAAUACAUUUACUAGCUUCCUACACUGGGUCUGAGCAUGAAAGUCUUUCAUACCUUCUUUAGCACAUAAGCUACUCAGACAUGUUGCCUUUCCGAUUUUCUGCUUCUGUAGCAGGCACAAAAAUUUGAAGCAUGAGCUGAGUUUGCUGGACAAACUUAGACUGGGGUCUGAUCUCCUGAUUUUCCAGUUAUCCACCUUCACGUCCUCUCUGUUUAAAAUGCUUCAGGAUGUAUUUUGCAUUCUAACUUCCCAAACAAUUCUUAAACUGAAACACACAGAAGUAGUUUUAGAACGCUUCUGGAUAAAUCAAUAGCACCGAGUUAAUGCUUCAUUUGAUAAACAAUCCACGCUCAAUAGAAAAGCCUGUUAUUGACUAUAAACAGAUGUGCUGCAGUGAAGCAGCAGAGAAAAGCUGCAGACUGAAAGGAGACGGUUGACAGGACUCAUGGCUCUACACUACCUAGAGAAGAGGGACGAGCAACCUUGAUCAAAGAGGAAGCAGAAGGGUGAGUUGUAACCCAGGGUGGGAGCUGGCACCUGGGAGCAGUCAGAUGCAUCAGGGACUGCUCCACCAGUCAACCUGUGAGCAGCCGCCAAGGGCUGCUGUGGGCCAGAAGUCUGGGCCAGGCAGGGAAGGUCGCAGGGAAGGUCACAGGGAAAGCAAGACUGGAAGAGGAGCCAUGGGAAGAAAGAGAUGGAAAAUGAAAAAGGCUGGGCUGAACACCACUGUCUUUGCCAAGGAGUGGUGCAGGAAUGAGGAUGACUUGGUUGAACCAAGGGGCUAGGGACUGGACUCAUUUGACAGCCCAGGCAGAAUACAUCAGAAAAUAAACUGGGCAGGAGAGGCUGCAGCCAUCACAGGAAUGCUCUUCUGGGCUCAGAACUGCAACAAAAAUUCCUGGCUCCAGUCAUAUUUCUGUGUGGCCUGCCAGUGAAAUGUGUGCCUAGGUGCUGCUGCUUCAGCUCGGGCCGUUACUCACCGCUAGAUCGGAUGCUUAGGUUGAGAAUGGGCAUCCACGCACAGGAUGCAAAGGAGCCGAUCCUGACUUAUACAUGGGUUAUACAUAAUGCUGUAACACCAUUUUUUUUUAAGGCGACCUUUCAAAACUUUAAUUAUAUGCAUUUUAAGAGAACGUAAGGUUAUGCAGGGUCAGGCACAUGGCACUGGGCAGUUUUAGACACCUUCUGGUCCACCUAAGUUCGCUUUUCGACCAGGUGCCAAAGGCUCGAUCAGAUACUGCGAGGUACUCACACCAAGCAGCCAAACUAACAGUGCACAGACACACUUGGUUUUGCCAUUUCCUAACUUCUGAGUACUUGACUUUGUACAGCCUUAAUAAAGUUCUUUUAAAAGGAGUUGUGUGUGGAUAAUUACGCAUGGGAAUUCUGCCAACUCAAACAGGAGGGAGCUCAGGAGGCUCUUCUGGUCUUGUUUCUCCACUGAAGAAAAAGAUUUGAUUAAAAAAAUGAAGUACAGCUAAACUGAGGACAAUACUUUACUGCGGGCUGUUCUUCAGUUCUUCGUAGGCACUUCAAAAGCUUGAAAAAAAAUCACAAAAUUAGGAACUUAUUAAAUAAGAAUGAAAUGUACCGAUGCAGAAACAUAAACAGAAAUGCCAGAUGUAUAAUGUCAACUUGUAAUAUGCAGCUUCAAUUAAUUCUUCUUAAUUCAUUUGUUUGCUUAACUUCUUUUGUUUUGCCAUCUGGAAAAGGCCAUUCUCCACUGACAGAUCAUACGAGAAAAGAUCCAAAGUUCAAGUUUGCUUCAAGGAAAAGCAGCCUUGUUUCUGUACUGACUUGAGUGCUCCUUUUUGUGGUCUUCAUUCAUGCAGAUGCUUCAGGACAGACUUCGGCCUAGACAGGGAAGCAAAAAAUCUACGUGGAAAUUUAGUAGUUUUCAACCUUUUACUCUUCAAAGUAAAAAUGUGAAAGCAGUUCUAUAAAAGGAAAUGAAGCCACGGGAAACAGUGGAGUUGACGACAGACAUACACUCAUUUUGGAAGUACAAAUGCACGCUUAUUAGAGAUUUCUGGCCAGCUCUUACUUGUGUUAUUUUAAAAAACAACCUACAUUUAUACAGUAAAAAAAAAAUCAAUCCAUUAAUAAAACAAACAUAUUUUAUAGUUUAGCAGAUUUGAGUAGUGGAAAUACACAAUUACUUUGUUCUCUGAAGCUAAUCAAAACAAAAGGCAGCAGUACAAUGCACAGUGUCACUUUAGCACUGACACCCAUUAGACAAAGUGAUUCAGUAUACAUGAAGCUGUCAGCAUAGCAUAAAGAAAUCUUAGCUGGACAUGUUCAAAGGAUCUGCGUUGCCCUGCUUUAACAAUAAAUCCCUCUAUUUAACUGCAACAGAUGAUUUAUACUGGCAUCGUAACCCAUUGUCAUCUUUAAUCAAGUCAAUCUACAGAACAGCUAGGUUUCACUCUAUACGAGCAAGCAAAGCACCCGUGCUCAGUAGACGCUUUUCUUUCUAAAAUGCCUACACAUUGAUUUAUAUUUCUAUUUUCUAAACAGUAAAUUAAAUUUGUAGAUAUGUAUCUGAUUAUAAGGAAAACUAACUUCCACAUAUGGUAUUGAACUAAUCUCACUCCUAUACAGAUUACUUUCUUCUUUUUAUAUGAGUUUCUGAAUCAAAAAAAAAUCUCAAAUACGUACACUGCAAUUCACUCACCACCUGUCCUUUCUCAACUUGCUCACUUGAGUAUCUAAGUAAUGGAUGCUAACCUGUUUUCAGACAGAAUUAAAAAGGAGCUCUAACCCCAAGCUGCUUUAGUGCUGCUGAGUACUAUCGCAGCUGUAACACAGCCACAACAAACACAAGGUUCAGAGGACUUGUUUUUGUGUGUUCUUAAAUUUCAAAUAGAGGGCUUUUUGGUUGUGUUUUUUCUCAGUUACUUUAUAAAGAAAGCAGAACACGGAAUAUGACAUUUCAGGACAGUAUGUAAAGCAAAUAAGAAUAGUUUGAAAACUUAAGAAUUCUACAGUUAGGUUGCUAUUGUGCUCAAGAAUUAAGGAGAUGUUCCAAUUAGGAAAUGAAAAUGACACGCAUUUUCUAAAAAGUUUUCUUGCCUUAGGCAACUGCAAUGUCAAGUAUCUUAAGACACUAAAAAUCCAUUUUUGUGUGCACACCACUACGUAAAUGUGCUGACUUCUAAUUCAUGAUUAUCAUAAGAAUUGCAAGUUUACAUGUGCAGCAACUAGACACCCUUAAUAAUUUAUUGGUGAGAAGAAAUUCUAGCAAUUUGUGAAACAAGUUUCCAACUUUAUCCCACUACCAGAAUUUUGGUAAAAAGUUAACAUGGAAUACCAUUACCAACCUAUUACAAUCCUAUAUUUUUAGGAAAUUACAUUAUGGUACAUCAAUCCCUCUCGACGUGACAUCCAUGGUAUUAACUUUUUCUGUGAUCCCUAAGGCUAUUUAACAACAGCUUGAAACUGGGGGCCCAGCCUGCACAUGCAUUGCUAUAGCUGUGCAUUCACACUCAACAACAGCUAAUGCAGAGCAAUAAUUAUGAUCGUUCAUGCACAGAACAUUUACUUUAAGGUGUGACUUUAACUAUUUUCACGGUUAUUUUUUCAUUCAUUUCUCAGUACUAGACUUCAAGCCCUUUUAGCCAUCUGUUUGUACUGUGGACCCGAAGAGUACAGUCAGAAGCGUGAAGCUCCACACAGCAAAGACCUAAGCAGCUUCUACUGGCUCUUCGAAAAUUAACAGUAAACCUAAAAGAACAGUAUGGACAACAACUAGAUUAAAAGUAAUAACUUGGUUUCUCCUAUCAGUUUUCUAAUAUCUGGUGUUGUGUGAAGACACCGGACAAUAUUGCUAUUUAUAAGCUGUGUGUCAUGCAUAACUUCCUGAGAUCUACAACGCCCUCCAGAAGAAUUCAUUUUCUAUGAAUACUUCAGGAAAGCAUUUCUGAUGUCAUCAAAUAAAGGACGGUUUGUAAGAGAACAAAGUGGCUUUAGAACAUCCACCCAAUAUAGAAAUUAUUUUUGCAAUAUAUCCACAAACUGGCUUUUUAUGAGCCUUUGCAAGAAAAAUAUUUUUAGUUUUCUUUCCGUUGCAUAUGAACGAAGGGCCCAGUCAAACAGACAGGCAAUACGGACUCCACUGAUCAGUCAUUUUAUUUUAAGCUCAGCAAAAGUAAAGCACUAUCAAUACAAUUCAGCGCUACCAUCUGUUUAGGCUGUUGUCAAAAAUGGCUAGGAAAGACCUCAAUUUUUUUUUUAUUCCAAAAUUAAAAAGUUAAGUUUAGAGUCUUGUUUUGGACUGAUAAUGUGGGCCUGCUCCUAUUGCAGAAUACGGUUGCUAUCAAUAGAUCCUUACCUACCUAAUGUCCCUUGUGUGUUGGUCUCUAACUGUGCCUUUGUAAGGCACCAAGCAGAGCAUGAGAGCAUUUUUGCUGCACUUCUUUGCAAUCCUGGAGCAUGAACAGAAACAACUUUGCUCACAAAUGACUUGGAGCUCCAAAUUGUCACAGAUCACUGAGAAGUGCGACUAUCGAACACUGGAAGUAGGACAGACAUUUUGCUGACUUUCCACUUCAUCUAGGAGCUGCCCAUGCCAAGCCAACUUCAGCAGCUAACUAUGUGUAAAAUUUGCCUGGCGCAUUAUUACAGAUAUACUCACAGGAGACCAGUUUAACGCUUCGAUCCCUCUGUCCUGCAAAGACAGCAAAUUUUUUUAAACACUUUUUUUGAGGGUGUUUUUCGGCAGAACAAAGGACUCAAUAAAAAUUUUAUACUUUUUUUUUAAAAAAGAAAAAAGCAAAUUAGAAAUUCAGCUGUUCUGAUAACAUUCUUAGCUAGAUAAAGAUGUUUACAGCCUCUUAAAAAGUACUGGGUGGUUCAGUCUCCCUUCAGUGAAGUUUUUCUCAAAUACAUUCUUCAAAGCCAAGAAAACUAAUUUUGCAUCACUUACAUCACUUUUCUGUCCGAAAAGGUUCUUUUACCAUGUUUCCUGGGAAAGUUUUCAUUAACUUCUACAGCCCAGAAAGCAUCUUUUUCUUGAUCGGUUCUGCCCAAUUUGUCACGCUGAACUCACGGCUUCAUUCUUUCCAGCUCAUCUCCCACUUCCCUGCCCUUUGCAGGCACACUUUAAUUGCUUUGCCCCUUCCAUCCCGAGCAGACAAGAAGGCACUAACAUUUUAAAGGAAUAAAGACAGACCUCUUGUUUCUGUUGGAUCUCCUAGAGUUACUUCCAGAGUUGUGUUCCUAAGCCGAACAUACCAGCUAGUAUUUCCUCCGAGUCCAUUUUCUUAUUAAAGCUCAGAUAAAACUUCACUUAUUUGCACUUGCAAAAGGAGAAACCCUUGAGAAACAAAUGGAACAAUAUAAAGGUCAAUGAUGUAGAAGAGUGUAGUAGGCAGACUGCCACCCAAACACCUUUCUCAAGGAAUCGCAGGAACAAUACAGGAAUGGAAGAAGCCACUUCUUACAGAUGUAUCAUAACCCUGAAGGGUUUACAAAAAUUUUGUCAGCAACAGCUUCUGAACCUAGCAUCUAGGAUUACACACACUUCACUUGCUCAAAACCUAUUUAAACUACUGAAGUCCAACACACUGAGUUUAUGUUUUUUGUAAUAAAAGUACGCUUAGAAACAAAAUUACCUUAGCUUCACUUUCAAUACGCUAUCGAGUGUCUUGACUACUGAAUCCAACUAAGCUGAAAAACGAGGAGUUAUGCAGCACCUCAGCAGUCAGCACAGUUACUGCAAACACCACAUUUCACGGUAAAUCAGUAAAGCAUGCUCAGGAUGGGGCUGUUUAGACUGAUUUUAAAAUUAGGCUGGAAAAAAAAAUUCUUCCUGAAACAUGGCUGCUAGUUUCCUUAUGCCAUAAGCAAACUUCAGUUGACAGAGAAUAUUGUUCCCCCCCUCCGAAACUGAGAACAUGACAAAAGUAACAAAAGAAACAUUAAUUUGGGGGCUUUAUUUAAUUUCUUUUUUUCUUUUCUUUUUUUUUUUUUUUUUUUAAGAUGCUACAUCAUCAAACAGGAUUGGUCUUUUUACGGCAUAGGACUAGUUUACUACUAAUAUUUUUUCCCCUAGAUAGACUUAUUUA